GAUACAAAAACACAAAUAUAAACUCAUCUUCUAAUAAUUGAAUCUUAUUUUUUCUCUAACUCCAAUACUUUUACAACUAUGGAAGCUUAUUCCACCACCUCUUAUCCUACAUCUAAGUCUCAAAGUAAUUCACUACUCAACUCCGUGAGAAAAACACAACCUAAACCAUGGAAAAAAACUUCAGUAAUUGCUCCACAACCAUCAACAGCUAUUAGGGUUUAUGAGGUGGAUGUUAUGAAUUUCCGAGAGCUGGUUCAACAACUCACCGGUGCACCGGAAUUCAAGCCUCGUCAUCAUCAUCAACAACAAUUUGUUAAUAAUACAUCGAUAACUCCAACAGUUUCAACUGAUUGGAACAAAGGGGUGCAGUUUCAUGAGAGUAGUGAUAGGACAGAGCAACAAGGUUUGUUGGAGUUGAAUUUGUCGUCACCGUCUUCUUAUAGUUGGUAUUCUUCUCUGUGAUGAAGAUUGGUACAGAAUAGUGACCGAUUGAGAAGAAACUUAUUACAUCUUGUUAUGUUUGUUGAAUUGGAUUAUGACGGCAAGUAAUAAAAUGGAAGAGAUGAAAUUUAUUUUAUUUUAAUUUAAUAUAUGCUUAAUUAAAAGCACGUUAAUAGAACUUGUGUCAUUGUUAUUCAGCUAUAAGUUUAAUGUUGAUGCAGAAUGCUUUAUUUU